AUGGAUCAAUUAACUAAUCAAAUUUUACAAGCAACAAAAAUUAUUGAACAACAGGUGGAUCAACAAAUUACUGAAUAUAAUAAUUUAGAUGAAGAUGGUAUAGAAGAAAUAAGACGUAAAAGAAUGAUUGAAUUAAAGGAACAACAAAAAAAGAAGGAAGAAUGGUUAAGAAAUCGUCAUGGAGAGUAUGAAGAAUUGUCUAAUGAAAAUGAGUUUUUUGAGGCUGCUAAAGCUUCUGAAAAUCUUGUUUGUCAUUUCUAUAAACCUGAUGUACAUAGAUGUAAGGUUGUUGAUAAGUUAUUACGCACCUUAGCUAGUAAGUAUAUUGGUACUAAAUUUAUAUAUAUAAAUUGUGAAAGAGUUCCUUUUUUGGUUAAAAGAUUAAAACUUCAAGUAGUUCCAACAAUUGGAAUUUCUAUAAAACAAAAAAUGGUUGACUAUAUUAGAGUUUCUGAGGAACUUGGUGAUAAUGAAGAUAUACCUUUAGAACUUUUAGAAGAAAGAUUGGCAUUAUCUAGUGUUAUUAAUAUGGUUCCAAAAAAGAAGCCAACUAAGGCAACUAAAACUAAAAUUAUUAGAGGAAAAAUGCUCAGAGAUUAUGAAUCAGAUGAUGAUAUUUAA